AUGGCUGGAGCUGUGUACUUUUGGCAACAAUGGGACAUCCAAAUUCUUGUGGUCCUGAGCUUCACCCUGCAAGUCAUCCUCCUCUUGUCUGCAGGGAUCCGCCGGCGUGAAGGAUCAGCUUUGUUGAGAACCCUCCUCUGGCUGGCAUACAUAAUGGCUGACUAUACCGCAAUCUACACCCUUGGCCACAUGUCCAUCAGCAGCAGGUCAAGCGACCACCAGAUCAUGGCAUUCUGGGCUCCCUUCCUCCUGCUUCACCUAGGUGGCCCAGACACCAUCACGGCUUACGCCUUCCAGGACAACCAGCUCUGGCUGCGCCACCUGCUCACUCUUGUGGUGCAGGUCACCGGGGCAGCUUAUGUUCUCAUCCAGUUCAUCGUAGUCGGGAGGAAUUCUAGCACCCUGCUGGCAGCUGCUGCCUUGAUGUUCUUCUCUGGUUGCCUCAAGUACGGGGAGAGGACAUGGGCACUCAAGUGUGGCGGCUUAGAUAACAUUGCAAACUCCCAAUACAAAUACGAAUACAACAUGAUGUCCUCGGGCGCCGCUUUCCGUGAUGAUGGUCGUCGCAGGCGCAGCCCAUAUCAUGGGAGGGAGGGAGGAAAGAGGCUGGACACGGAGGAGGUCCUGCUGGGAGCCCACUACUUGCGUCAUUUCUGCAGGGGCCUAUUGGCUGACCGGCCGGUGAUGGAGCAGAUUGAAUAUGAAGUUGUGCGCCAAGGCAUCCAACUGAAUGGUGACAUGUACCUGUAUGAGCUUGUUGAGAUGCAGCUCUCCCUCAUGUAUGACAUGCUCUACACGAAGGCAGCAGUGAUCCAUACCUGGUACGGUUUCUGCAUCCGGAUCAUCUCACCACUCUCUGCUGUCGCAGCAUUCUUUCUGUUUCAGUUCAGCAGCAAGCAUGCCUCCAGCUCCAGCAGAGUUGAUAUUAUUGUCACCUAUGUUUUGCUGGCUGGAGCCCUGGUGUUGGAGAUGGCAUCAUCUCUCAGGGCUGCAGGGUCGUCCUGGGCGUGCGCCUCCUUUCAUGCCAGGGGAUGGCACCGUCUCUGCAGCGCGGUCCUGCGCAUUCGUCGGCUUCUCAAGGCAGGAUCAAGGAGAGCUUGCCUGGAUUCACUUGGGCAGUACAACCUGCUGGAUAUCUGCACUGAUGCCAAGGACGACCUCAGAGGUAAGAUCGCCAAGAUUAUUGGUCUCGAGGACUGGUGGCGGAAGCUACAUUACUCAAGCACUGUCCCCAUCUCCGACGGCCUCAAGACCUUGGUGUUGGGAGAGAUACGAAGGAGGGGCAUACAGGACAGGAGGAAUGCACGGGGCAAGUGGAUACUCAAGGAGAGAGGGAUGUACGAGGAUCUUAGGCGGGUCGCCGACGACACCGAGGUAGACCGUAGCAUCAUCGUUUGGCACGUCGCCACCGAUCUUUACCUCUCCAUGUGCCCCGAGGAGGAGGACACCGGCACCGCCAACGGCACGAUCCGGGACCAGAUCAGGGUGCUCUCCAACUACAUGUUGUUCCUCCUAGUCCUGCAUCCCUACCUGUUGCCCGGAGUGGUUCGCAGCGGCCGGUACAAGGAGAACUACAAGUAUUUCAAUAUGCUGUGGUGGCGUAUCAUGGGGUCCACCAAGAAGGACACCAUGGACUCCUCUAGUUCGACGAUCAUCAAGAAAAUUGGCGAGUGGCAGCUCCCGGCCGAUUCAAUGUAUAAGUAUGUUUCCGGUGUCGGUGUCGAGCGUCAUGACGACAUGGCAGCCUAUGUUGAUGGAUCUUGGCUCGCCGGGAUGUUGCUCGGCAACAGGUGGUCCUUGCCCAUCGCCGACAUGCUGCAGGUGAUCGCCGGGGUGUGGGUGGAGAUGCUGUGCUACGCUGGCUACCACUGCGGAGAGGAGUCCCAUGCCAGGAAGCUCAGCACCGGGGCAGAGUUCAUCAAUGCCGUCUGGCUUCUCUUGGAGCACGCUGAGAAGCAUGACAGGUCCGAAAUAUCUGCUGAGUCUUUGGCAGCACUGAGGGAGCUCGUAGUUCACCAAGACCAGGGACAAAAAUAA